AAAAUGCGUUACCGGAUAAAGCUGAAUUCUAUAGUAUCCUAACCGAGUCGGGGGUUGAAGAUAAAGAGUACGAGCACGCGAUGAAAGUGUGGGAACAUUUUGAGUGCAAAACGAUUGGUGAAUAUUCAGAUUUGUAUUUGAAAAUCGAUGUGCUGCUACUGGCUGACAUUUUCGAAAAUUUCCGUGAUGUGUGUAUGAAGGCCUACAACUUAGAUCCUGCAUACUAUUACACCGCUCCAGGGUUUUCAUUCGACUGUAUGCUUAAAUACACCUCAAUGAAGCUGGAACUGCUAUCAGAUUAUGAUAUGAUGUUAAUGUUUGAAAAUGGUUGGUAUUAAACUUAUUUUAUUAUUACUAAAAUAAAUACAUAACUUUUUUUUUUUUUUUUUUUUUUUUUUAUAGGUAUACGAGGUGGACUGGUGCAGGCAAGUAUGCGUUAUGCAAAAGCGAAUAACGAUAAGGUAUCUGAUUAUGAUGAUUCGAAGGAAGAUUCGUGGUUGGUGUAUCAGGAUUGUAAGUAUACAUUUUUUUUUUCUCGAGGAUAUUAUAUUGUACUUGUAUUAUUUUAGGUAAUAACCUAUACGGUUGGGCGAUGUCGCAAAAUAUGCCUUAUGCAAAUUUUAAAUGGGUCAAGCCAGAGUUGGAUGGACUCGAUGAUUUGGAUGAGACUUCACCCAUAGGUCGGAUAUACGAGGUAGAUGUGUCAUAUCCUGAACACCUACAUGACGAGCAUAAUGACUUACCAUUCCUUCCUCAAAACGGAAUACCUACGGGCUCGAAGGUAAAGAAACUGAUGGCGACAUUCGAGAGGAAGACAAACUAUAUAAUACACUACCGUAAUCUUCAACAGGCUAUAGCAAAUGGGUUGAUAGUGGAAAAAGUACAUAGAGUCGUACAAUUCGAUCAAUCUCCUUGGUUAGCCGAAUAUAUCAAUUUGAAUACUGAGAUGCGAAAGAACGCUACGAAUGACUUCGAGAGGGAGUUUUUUAAACUCAUGAAUAACGCUGUAUUUGGGAAGACAAUGGAGAGUAUGAGAAAAAGGAUACAAAUGGAAUUAGUAUCCAAUGACAGACGUUUACAAAAGCUUAUAAAUAAGUGUACGUUUAAACAUAGUACAUCAUAUAAUGAAAAUUUGAAUGCUGUAUCACUAGAAAAUAAGAUAAUUGAAUUCUGCAAACCUAUCUAUAUCGGUAAUUAA